UGCCGCUGGAGGAGCGGCCACCGUCUCCUCCAGCGGCGGCCAGCUGUGCAGCUCCAGCGGGGGGAGGACCGAACUUAGACCGAAACUCCGAGGCACCAGAGAGCCGAGCAGCUCCGAGGAGUCCAGACGUUUCUGCCCGCUUCUUCGUUGGUUUUAUUUCCAGCUUUCAGCGCGCGCUUGAAAGCAGCAGCCGUCCUCGCGCUCCUCGUGAUGAGGCCGGAGGAGCGUCUGAAGUGACCGCCAGGUGUUCGCGCCUCACCGGUGGAGGACUUCCGGCCCGGACCGGUGGACCAGAACCGGACUCAGCACGAAGCUGGCCGUCCAAGAUGGAGGCGGAAAACCCGGAUGGGGCGGGAAGCAGAACCAACAGCUUCCAAAGGAAGAAACCGCCGUGGCUGAAGCUGGACAUCCCGACCAUCCAGCUGACGCCGGACGAGCCGCCACAGGCCGCCACGCCGCAUGUUGGGCCACAUGUUGCUGCAGUCAGACGCAGCAACGAGGCGCAAGACAAAAACGAAUUCCAGCCAGUGAAGCGAGUGCGGAGUGUGAGCAUGCCCGGGGAAAAUCCACACACACACUCUGCUGCCAUGGAAACGUCCAACGUCUACCUCAAACCUCCAGCGGAGAAAAUGGCCGUCAUGCAGUCCAUCAAGAGUGAGAAGCGGGUUCACUUCGACCGCCUGAACACCGUCCCUCCAAAGGGCCAGCGCCGCGCCAGGACGGCGUCGACCGGCCGCCGGCGCUCCUGCGUUCCUAAAAUUCUGGCCCGGCGCCGCUCGUCUAUCCCCAAACAGAUCAUCAGGGGGACGGCUGAUUGGUUCGGCGUGAGUAAGGACGGCGACGGCGGCCAGCGCUGGAGGAGGCGGAGCCUGCAGCACUGCAGCCAGCUGUUCGGGGGCCUGAAGGCCCAGGUGACGCUGCUCAGCCUGGACAGCGUGUCCCUGUCCAGCACCGACCCCCACCCCGACCCCACCCCCAAACCCUGCCCGCCCCCACGCUGCCACCGCUACGGGAUGCAGCGGGUCGUGGACCCCCUGGCUCGCGGUCGGGCCUUCCGGAUGGGGGAUGACCUGGACGGACCUGGCGCCCCUCAGACGCCGCUCACCCCAGGCUCCGCCUCCCUCUGCUCCUUCUCCAGCUCACGCUCCGCCCUCAACAGGUUGCCACGGCGACGCAAGCGGGAGUCCGUGGCCGUCAUGAGCAUCAAGGCUGCCGCGGCGCUGAUGAAGGGUCGGACGGCUGCUGAGGGCGGCGCUGGGAGGCGGAGGCGGAGCUUCAUGCCUCCGAGUUUCUAUGACGACGACACGACGGAUUUCCCGGACGAGUUGGACACUUCGUUCUUCAGCAGAGAAGAGACGUCCAGCUACGCCGACGACGUGUUUGAGACGCCGUCAGAGACCGACCUGCAGCCCGGCGCCGAGAGAGGAAACGCUCUGACAGGAAGUGCUCUGGACCGGACCAAGCUGGAGCGGACUCACCUGAUGUUGCCGCUGGAGCGAGGCUGGCGGAAGGCGAAGGACGGCGCGCCGCCGCAGCGGGAGGCGGCGAGCGGGCCGCAGCGGCGCGGGCGCAGGAUCUCGGCGCCGGUCCAGAAGCUGUUCGCCCGGGACAAGAGGCCGUAUGGACUGGGCAUGGUGGGCCGGCUCACCAACCGGACCUACCGCCAGCGCCUGGACAGCUUCGUCCAGAAACAGAUCCAAGACAUGGAUGACCACAGGCCUUUCUUCAGCUACUGGAUCACCUUCGUCCACCUGCUGGUCACCGUCCUGUCCGUCUCCAUCUACGGCAUCGCACCGAUCGGGUUCACGCAACACGAGACCGUCGACUCUGUGCUGAGAAAUAAGGGAGUUUAUGAAAACGUGAAGUUUGUGCAGCAGCAGAACUUCUGGGUCGGUCCGAGCUCGGAGGCGCUGAUCCACCUGGGGGCAAAGUUUUCUCCUUGCAUGCGUCAAGAUGAAGAGAUCCAGCAGCUGAUUGAGGAGACGAAGGCGAGAGAACGACAAUCCGGCUGCUGCGUUCGGAACGACCGCUCCGGCUGCCUGCAGACGCUGCAGGAGGAAUGUUCGAACACCCUGGCAGUUUGGGUGAAGUGGCCUCAACACGCCAGCGCUCCAUAUUUAGAGGGGAAACAACGGCAGCACGGCUCAGUCUGCCACCAGGACCCCAGAAUCUGCCAAGAACCCGCUUCAGUUUCACCGCAUGAGUGGAGCGACGACAUCACACAGUGGCCGAUCUGCACUAAGCUGGACUCUGGGAACCACACCAACCUGCCUCACAUCGACUGCAGCAUCACGGGUCGGCCCUGCUGCAUCGGCACCAAGGGACGAUGUGAAAUCACGUCCAGAGAAUACUGCGACUUCAUGCACGGAUACUUCCAUGAGGAAGCUACGCUCUGCUCACAGGUGGCCUGUAUGGACGAUGUCUGCGGCCUGCUGCCGUUCCUCAACCCACAGAUCCCAGAUCAGUUCUCCCGCCUCUGGCUGUCUCUCUUCCUGCAUGCCGGCGUCCUGCACUGCCUGGUCUCGGUGUUUUUCCAGAUGUCGGUUCUCAGGGAUUUGGAGAAGUUGGCCGGCUGGCUCCGGAUCUCCAUCAUCUACCUGCUGAGCGGCGUCACAGGAAACCUGGCGUCCGCCAUCUUCCUGCCCUACAGAGCAGAGGUGGGUCCCGCCGGCAGCCAGUUCGGCAUCCUGGCCUGCCUCUUCGUGGAGCUUUUCCAGAGCUGGCAGAUCCUGGAGCGGCCGUGGCGAGCGUUCACCAAGCUCGCCGCCAUCUCCGUCUUCUUCUUCUCCUUCGGUCUGCUGCCGUGGAUAGACAACUUCGCCCAUGUCUGCGGCUUCCUGUCGGGCUUCUUCCUGUCCUUCGCCUUCCUGCCGUACAUCAGCUUCGGCCGCUCCGAUUCGUACAGGAAGCGGCUCCAGAUCUGCGGCUUCCUGCUGGUCUUCCUGGGUCUGUUCGCCGCGCUGGCCGUCCUCUUCUACGUUUACCCGCUCAAAUGCGACUGGUGCGAGUUCCUCACCUGCGUCCCGGUCACAGACAAAUUCUGUGAGAAGUACGACCUGAACGCACACCUGCUCUGAGCGUCAGAACCGGGUCUGGGCGUCAGAACCGGGUCUGAUAACUGCUUCCUGGUGGCGCCGCAGGAACCUUCUGGAACAAAUGCAUCACUUCUGGAUCAGGAAGGACCAGAGGUCGGCGGAUCAGAACCGCUGCAGGGAGAAAGAAAAUUUGCGCCAAAAACACUUUAAAAAUUUGAGAUUAAUCUCAGAAAUUUUGGGGGGGAAAAUGUGAAAUUUCUGAGAAUUUUCCCUGUUUUUUCUGGAACAUUUCUGUGAUUAAUCUCAAAGUUUCAGUUUUUUUCUAGCAAAUUUUCAACAUCGCAAAAUCAGAAAUUUCCAACUUUCUAAAAUUUGAGUGUUUUGUUGACACUUUGAAUUUUCAAACUCAAAUUUCCACGUUUUUCUAGAAAACGUGGGUUCACACCUGAACACAAGGAGCAAAGUUAACCUGUCGGAGAAAUGGUUGUUUUUACUGUAAAGCUGACGUCACAGCGCCCCCCAGCGGCCAGACGGAACAUGACACGCGGCCGGAGUUGACCCGUUCUGAUGAAACGUGCCUUGGCUUCAUCCUCCACAGACUCACUUCCUGCCUGGAAAUCCUCUGAGUGGCUGAGUUAUGAUUCAGUUACAGCCUUUUAUACACUUUGUUUAUGAAUGAAACGUUUUUAUAUCCGGUGGUAAAACUUCAUCCUGUGAAUGAAGCACUUAAAGCUGAAUUACUGUCAAAUCUGUUAAAAUAGUUGGGUUUUUUUCAUGUUUUAUUAAAUAUUGUAGCGUUUUAGCUACUUUUCAGCUGAGCUGGACUCGUCCUGUUCGUUUCUCACUAACAGCUGAACAUUUUGGUUCAACCAACAAACUAAAUACAGGAUCAGGAUCACUGAUACCGAUACACCGAUACAGUUUGUUAAGUUUGAUACACAUCAAACUUCUGACCAUCAGGUGUUUUUCUGGGUUUUUUUAUUAUUUUUCUAUAGGAAAUAAUUUAAUACAUUAACAUGAUAAACUGAAACAAUAGAGAAACAAACUUGUGUGCAUUUUCUUUUAGUAAAACGUGCAAAAAAUCAGAACUGAUUUGAUCCAAAAUACUGGAACUAUUAAUCGAUACUGGCGAGGUAAGAUCAAUGCUUCAGUUUUAGAUUAUUUGAUUUAUUGCAGUUUCUCAGUCAUAUCUGAUAUUGUCCAAAUUCUGCCUGAAGUUUGAACAAAAAUUAUGUAAAGAAAAAAAAUCAUCUGAAGUCUGAUGAUUUUUUAGCUUUAUUAUAUUUAUUACCAAAGUAUUGAUAUCAACACUGGCCCUUUGUAUCGGAUCAAUACUAAAUAUUUAGCAUCACUAUUAAUAUUCAUGUCUCCAGUCCAACUUCAUCAGACAAACUAAAGUUUUUUCUCUGUCUGCAGAGUUAAAUUAAGCAAUAAUGACAUUGUUCCUUUUUUCAUUUCCUUAAACUUUACAGAUUUUAUGUUUCUUUCAUGUAAAACAAAAUAAAUGUUCAUUCCUUCGAUGACCGCUAGAUGGCGCCAGUGGAGUAUUUCUGGGUAAAAACCUGCAACCUUUGGAUGAAGGUUCUGUUGAUUAAAUCAGGUUUUCUAAAGUCAUCAACCAGAAAACAUGUUGGUUCUUCCUGGCUCAGUGACCACACACACACACACACACACACACACACACACACACACACACACACACACACACUGACAGCAUUGCUCUGGAUAAAAACACCUGAAGCAGAAAAGCAGCAAAGAGGUGAAAAAAGUUUAUUAAAUGUUUGAGAUUCUGGUCAAAUUUAUUUUCUCAGUUGAUAAAAAUAGAAAUCAGAUGAAGAAUCUUUGACCAGAUGAUUUGGGUGAAUAUUAAAUAAUUUAUCAUUUUGCUCAUCCUGCUGCAGGAGGCCAUUGAUAUCAGCGACAGCCUCUUGUUACUUUAAAUAGGCCAUCUAAGUUAAAUGAGCUUGAAUAAGGUAGCUGUAGCUACAUUUUAGCAUCGUUAGAGAUAAGCUAAGCUAGCAGAUGUUCUGGUUCUGCUCUGAAUUAUUUCAUUUUUAACGUAUUUCUAAUAUUGUAUAAAAAAUGUUUAAGUGACUGAAUAAAAAAUCUGCAGAA